AUGGAUCGCAGAAGGAGAAGAGCUGAAGAUGACGAAAACAGUGAUGAAGAACGCGCGGUACCCCCUUCGUCGCCGCAGGCUCUUACAAUGGGAAGGUCUUCGCCAUUGGGAUCUCCAGAAGAGAUCGACUUCGAAAACCCAGACGGAGAAGAAGUGAACGCUCCCCAGGACCUGGAUGAGAUAGAAGAGCAAUUGGACGAGGAGGAUCUGAUGGGUGACGAUAUGUACCAGGAUUAUGGCUCUGACGUCAGACGAGAUGCCUACGAGAACACUGGAUUAGACGAUCGAAAUCAACGAGAGCUCGAUAUUUCCGCAAGGCGGAGAAUCGACGCUCAACUGAACGAGAGGGACCGACUUCUGCGAAACGAAGCCUACAUGGAUGACGAUGAGGACGUUGAAGACGCUAAUCUGGACGAAAUGGGGCUUCCCACGCAGAGACGUCGCAGAAGGCGACAGUAUGAGGACGAUGACGAUUUACUCUCAGACAUAGAUAUAGACCCACUGACCGAGGAACUCACGUUGGAAUCACUCAGUGAUGUCAAGGCCUCGAGCUACACAGAGUGGAUAACCCAGCCAAACGUGGCACGCACCAUUGCACGCGAACUGAAAUCGUUUUUGCUCGAAUACACCGACGAAUGGGGUAGAUCUGUCUACGGUGCUAGAAUCAGAACGCUUGGUGAGCUCAAUUCGGAAUCUUUAGAGGUGAACUACCGACAUCUGGCGGAAUCUAAAGCUAUUCUGGCACUUUUCCUCGCAAAAUGUCCAGAAGAGAUGCUCAAAAUUUUCGACGUGGUUGCAAUGGACGCGAUUCAACUGCAUUACCCAGAUUAUGCCAGAAUUCACGCGGAGGUUCACGUCCGUAUUUCCGAUUUCCCAACUGUUCUCAACUUGCGUGAAUUAAGAGAGUCCAAUCUUAACUCUUUGGUACGGGUUAGCGGUGUUGUCACCAGAAGAACCGGAGUGUUUCCUCAAUUAAAGUAUGUGAAAUUCAAUUGCUUGAAGUGCGGCGCGGUCCUCGGUCCAUAUUUCCAAGACUCUAAUGAGGAAAUCAGAAUUUCCUUCUGUACAAACUGCAGGUCGCGCGGGCCGUUCAGAACCAAUGUCGAGAAGACUCUAUACAGGAACUAUCAGCGUAUUACACUACAAGAGGCCCCAGGAACCGUACCCGCGGGGAGAUUACCAAGACACCGAGAAGUUAUAUUAUUGUGGGACCUUGUAGACAUCGCCAAACCUGGUGGAGAGAUUGAAGUCACUGGUGUCUACAAAAACACAUAUGAUGGAAAUCUCAAUGCAAGAAAUGGAUUUCCCGUUUUUGCCACUGUUAUUGAAGCCAACUCUGUGAAAAGGAAGGAAGGAGGUCAAAGAUUCGGGGACGACGAAGAGGGGCUGGAUGUCUUUGGCUGGACCGAAGAAGAAGAGAGAGAAUUCAGACGUAUUUCGAGGGAUCGUGGAGUAAUUGACAAAAUUAUAUCUUCGAUAGCGCCAUCAAUCUAUGGUCACAAUGAUAUAAAAACCGCCGUGGCCUGUUCAUUAUUUGCCGGUGUUGCAAAGAACGUCAAUGGAAAGCAUUCCAUUCGUGGUGAUAUCAAUGUGCUGCUUCUGGGUGAUCCCGGAACAGCCAAAUCCCAAAUCUUAAAGUACGUCGAAAAGACUGCACACCGAGCUGUCUUUGCCACAGGUCAAGGUGCAUCUGCAGUUGGUUUAACUGCCUCGGUACGAAAAGAUCCUAUAACAAAAGAAUGGACUUUAGAAGGUGGUGCACUUGUUCUGGCAGAUAAAGGCGUGUGUUUGAUCGACGAAUUUGAUAAAAUGAAUGACCAAGACAGAACUUCGAUUCACGAAGCUAUGGAGCAACAAAACAUAUCCAUAUCCAAGGCUGGUAUUGUAACGACACUGCAGGCGAGAUGUGCAAUCAUUGCUGCAGCAAAUCCUAAUGGAGGGCGUUACAACUCAGCGUUACCGUUGGCUCAAAACGUCGAUUUGACAGAGCCCAUUCUAUCGCGUUUUGACAUAUUGUGCGUGGUAAGAGAUUUAGUUGAUGAAGAAAAAGAUGAGAGACUGGCUCGCUUCGUUGUUGAUUCCCAUGUAAGAUCACAUCCCUUAGAUGACGUGGCGAACGAUGAUGGAGAGGCAGGAAACUUGGACGGUGAUGAAGAGUUCGUCUCUGCAAGACAAAGGCGCCUACAGAGAGAAAGACAAAGAGAAGGAGAAAUCUCUCCAAUACCGCAAGAAACAUUGAUGAAGUACAUCCAAUAUGCAAGAACGAAAAUUUUUCCCAAGCUUCAUCAAAUGGACAUGGACAAGGUCAGUAGAGUUUACGCAGACCUGAGACGUGAAAGUAUCACAACAGGGUCCUUCCCCAUCACAGUUCGUCAUUUAGAAUCUAUUCUUCGAAUCGCGGAGUCUUUUGCUAAGAUGAGGUUAUCUGAGUUCGUUUCCUCUUGGGACUUGGAUAGAGCGAUCAAAGUGACUGUGGACAGUUUUGUUGGUGCCCAGAAAAUUAGUGUGCGCAGGCAGCUACAGAGGUCAUUCGCCAUCUACACGCUUGGACAAAAUUAG